GGUGAAGGCUGAUGUUAGGAGUCAUGGGUGAAGACAAUCAAAAGAUGGGCACCACCGGUUGCAACUUGAAUUACCAUCAGCUGUAAUCGAAGUUCCCGAACCCGAGACCAGAACCGACCCUUCCCAGUCCCCAGAACCUAAGACUAUGGAGCUCUCGGACAGUGACCGACCGGUCAGCUUCGGCUCCACUUCAUCCUCAGCCUCCUCCCGUGACAGCCAUGGCUCCUUUGGCAGCAGAAUGACAUUGGUUUCAAAUAGCCACUUGGGCUUAUUUCACCAGGAUAAGGAAGCAGGGGCCAUAAAGCUGGAGCUGAUUCCAGCGCAGCCGUUUUCCAGCAGCGAGCUACAGAGGGACAACCGUCCUGGGCCACAGAACAUGGAUGGGGACAGUGCAAGGCAGUCCAGGAUGCCAUGGAGAGUGGACACAAAUGGGGCGCCCAAAACCACUGCAGACUCAGCCACCAGCCCCAAGCUUCUCUAUGUGGAUAGAGUUGUGCAGGAAAUCCUGGAGACUGAAAGGACUUACGUGCAAGACCUAAAAAGCAUCGUGGAGGACUACCUUGACUGUAUCCGAGACCAAACCACACUUCCCCUGGGGACUGAAGAUAGGUCCGCCCUUUUUGGAAACAUACAAGACAUCUACCACUUCAAUAGUGAACUUCUUCAAGAACUGGAAAACUGUGAAAAUGAUCCUGUGGCCAUAGCAGAAUGUUUUGUGUCCAAGAGUGAAGAGUUCCACAUUUAUACCCAGUAUUGCACUAACUACCCAAGGUCAGUUGCCAUGUUAACAGAGUGCAUGAGGAACAAGAUACUGGCCAAGUUCUUCCGGGAACGCCAAGAAACUCUGAAACACUCGCUGCCUCUAGGGUCCUAUCUCCUAAAACCAGUUCAGCGGAUUCUCAAAUAUCAUCUCCUUUUGCAUGAAAUAGAAAAUCACCUUGACAAGGACACGGAAGGGUACGAUGUCGUGCUUGAUGCUAUAGACACAAUGCAGCGAGUGGCCUGGCACAUCAAUGACAUGAAACGGAAGCACGAACAUGCUGUCCGCUUACAGGAGAUCCAGAGCCUGCUCACCAACUGGAAGGGACCAGACCUCACCAGCUAUGGGGAGCUGGUGCUUGAGGGAACCUUUCGCAUCCAGCGUGCAAAGAACGAGAGGACACUCUUCCUCCUUGACAAGUUGCUUCUCAUCACAAAGAAGAGGGAUGACACAUUUACAUACAAAGCUCACAUCCUGUGUGGCAACCUCAUGCUGGUGGAGGUGAUUCCCAAGGAACCUCUCAGCUUCAGCGUCUUCCAUUACAAGAACCCCAAGCUACAGCACACAGUUCAGGCCAAAUCCCAGCAAGACAAACGCCUCUGGGUUCUGCACCUGAAGAGACUGAUUCUGGAAAACCAUGCAGCAAAGAUUCCAGCCAAGGCCAAGCAGGCAAUACUUGAAAUGGAUGCCAUUCACCAUCCAGGCUUCUGUUACAAUCCUGAGGGAGAAACAAAAGCACCAUGUGGCUCUAAAGAAGGCUCUGCACCAUAUCGACUGAGAAGGAAAUCUGAACCUUCCUCAAGAUCACACAAAGUUAUGAAGAGCAGUGAAACAGUACAAGACAUCCGGAAGGUUUCUAGAGAGGAAGGCUCUUCCCAGCUGACUUCUGCCACACCUUCCCCUGCCCCGAGGAAUAACAGCCAGCCAAGCAGUUCUGCCAUUAUCAGUGUGCUUCGUGGGGGCAGCGCCAUCAGAAACAUCUGGACAGAUCACCAAAUUAGGCAGGCCCUGUUUCCCAGCCACCGGUCUCCACAGGAGAAUGAGGAUGAUGAAGAUGAUUACCAGAUGUUUGUCCCAUCCUUUUCCUCCUCAGAUUUAAAUUCCACCAGGCUAUGUGAAGAGAGCACUUCGAGUCGUCCUUGUAGCUGGCACCUGGGACAGAUUGAGCCCCCAGAGACCUCCAGCUGUGGUCACAGGAUUGUCCGACGGGCCAGCAGUGCUGGUGAAAGUGCAUGUCCUCCUGAAAUAAGAAUUAGGGACAGCAAUGGCUCUCAGUACAGUCCCCGGAGAGAACUGCAGAAUGGCCCUCAAACGGGAGGUCAGGGAGGGAUGACUCCCUUUGGGUCAUCUGUAGAGCUGACAAUUGAUGAUAUCGACCAUGUGUAUGAUAACAUAAGUUAUGAGGACUUGAAGUUAAUGGUUGCUAAACGGGAAGAAGCUGAAUCCACUCCUCUCAAAUCAUCCAGAGACUCUGUUCGCCCCAAGAGCACCCCAGAAUUACCCUUCUCAAAGAGGCAGGCUGAACACAGUACAAGCUCUCUAUUCCCAAAGAAAGAUGGAGCUCCCAGUGGUCGAGAGACAUCUAACCAAAGUAUGCACGAGCUCCAGGUAGUGGAGGAAAAUAUCUAUGAUACCAUAGGGCUCCCAGACCCACCAUCGCUGAACUUCAAAUGCAGCAGCCUCAGGAGACCCAAAAGAAGCACGUUUCUGGGUCUGGAAGCUGACUUUGCCUGUUGUGACAGCCUGAGACCUUUUGUCUCCCAAGACAGCCUCCAGUUCAGCGAGGACGAUGCUUCUUACCAUCAGGGACCCCCUGAUACUGAUUAUUUGAGUUUGUUGUACGACUCUCCCAGAUGUAAUCUGCCUAUUGCAGAUAAGGCUCUAUCUGACAAACUGUCUGAAGAAGUAGAUGAAAUCUGGAAUGAUCUAGAAAAUUACAUCAAGAAAAAUGAAGACAAAGCGAGAGACCGUCUCCUCGCAGCAUUUCCUGUGAACAAAGAUGAUGUGCAGGACAGGCUACACACUGAGAGUGCCCCAGAGCUGGGCAGAGAUGCAGGGCAUGCCACAUCUAUGCUGUCCCUUCCUGGGAGCCAGGCUUUCCUCACGCCUGCAAAAAGCAGGGUAGUCAGAGCUGGUCCAGCCAACUGCUCCCUCGAGGAAGACCUGAUUUCUGCAGAAGGUUCGUUCUUGAGUCUUAACCGACUCUCUCUGUCCAGUGAAGCACCUCCUGCUGACAGCCCCUAUGACUUGAUCAACAGCAGCCUGCCCCAGACAGACCCAGGAAACCCCGACCCUGGAAUGGAGGCCACAGAUAAGACCAAGAGUCGGGUCUUUAUGAUGGCAAGGCAGUACAGUCAAAAAAUCAAGAAGGCCAAUCAGAUUUUGAAAGUGAGAAGCCCAGAGCUGGAACAGCCCCCAUCCAGUCAGCAUCAUAAGCCGGUUCACAAAGACCUGGCAGCCAUCUUGGAAGAAAAGAGGCAAGGAGGACCUGCCAUUGGUGCCAGGAUUGCUGAAUAUUCCCAACUGUAUGACCAGAUUGUGUUCAGGGAGACACCCCUUAAAAUUCAGAAGGAUAGCUGGGCCAGUACACAAGAACCCUCCCUCCUCAGGGCCGCAUCACCUUCCCAAGCCCAGCGUGCUGGUGAGGACUGGCCAUGGCACUCACCGUACAGUAAUGGCGAGUUGGCAGAUUUCUGCCCCCUGCCAGAGGAAGACUUGAGAUCUAAAUAUCCCACUGUAGGGAUCAGUACAAAAAGUAUUCCCAGACAGUUGUCUGCAGCUUGCUCGGUGCCUUCUCUUCAGGUAUCUGACCCUCUGCUGGGCUCCAUGCAGCGAUGUGGCGUGGUGGUCAGUCAGCCUCACAAAGACAACGCCUGUCAGGGUCAUCUUUACAAUUCGCUGGGUCGCAAAGGAAUCACUGCUAAACCUCAGCCAUAUAACAGGUCCAAGUCUUCUUCCUCCAUCUUGAUAAACAAAUCACUGGACUCCAUCAACUACCCCAGUGAGACAGGAAAGAAAUCACUGCUGUCUUUACACAAAAGUUCCAGAGGUGAGAGCCAGCAGGACUUGCUGCUGGAUGUAGUUGACUUGUGUCAACAGGACACUGAAAAACACUCUGAUCUCACACUCCAAGACUCACAGAAAAUUCUGGUAGUAAAUAGAAAUUUACCUUUGAGCACCCAAAUAGCAACACAGAACUAUUUUUCCAAUUUCAAAGAGACUGAGGGAGAUGAAGAUGAUUAUGUGGAAAUAAAGUCAGAAGAAGAUGAGGCGGAGCUGGAACUCGCUCACAGUCGGAGCAGGAAGUCGGACCCAAAGAUCCUCGAUGCUGACUUUUCUGGUAAGGUCUAUGGCAACGACACACCCUGUUCGUUGAAUAAUCUGCGCACUGCAAAAGAGCCAGUGAACAACAAGCUUGGGCUUUCUCCGUAUCUGACAGCAUGCAAUGACUCUGACAAACUGAAUGAUUAUCUGUGGAGAGGGCCAUCACCCAAUCAGCAAAACAUUGUUCAGUCUCUGAGGGAGAAAUUUCAGUGUCUUAGUUCAAGCAGUUUUGCCUAAGGUUCUAGAACUCCUGAAUUAGCUCUAUAUUCUCACAAGUUACCAGUAGUAACAAGAUUUUUAUGUGUGUGUGUGUGUGUGUGUGUGUGUGUAUACCAGUUUAAAACAAUUUUGUAAUAACCAGAGGUGUAAAACAUGCUUUCCUUUACUGUACAACUCUUUGAACUGUCUGACCAUAGAGGUAGGAUUGUACUUUACCAAUGUCAGUGUCUUAACAGUGACUUUUCUGAUGCUAAUCGCCUUCAUGUUUCAUGCAAGUCAAUUUUACUUGAAAUGUUUUAGGCUUUUCUUUCUAACAAGUCCCAUGUCCUGACAACAGUGCUCAUGUGACUCUCGCGUCAUCCCAAUGCCCCAAGAAGCUUUAUCUUGUGACUCAAAGACAGCAAGGAGAUUCUUCCACAGGUUUUUAAAGAAAAAAGAAAUUAGAGCUAUUUAAAUAAUUAUGCCCAUGUCUGACAUUUUUGUUAACAUUUGUGGCAAUCCUCAAGAAUAACGUAAACCAGAGACCACUGAGCUUCAGAAUGUGGUCCUAUUAACCUGUUUGAAGGUUCCUAAGCUGCAAUUCCUUAGCAUUUCAUGUCGAUGCAGAUGAUGUUGACUAUUGAAAAAUUAAAACAUAGCACUAGGAGCAAGUAUUUACGAUCAAAAAAUCCUCACCCGUGUUUCUAGACAAGGCCUAGGUGGGAUACCACUCAUCAUGCUGACUGCGAUUCCUGGGGUGACAUGAACAAUUUCACGGCUUAACGGAAACCAAAUUCAAUAAAAUGCAAACUGACUUAACUAUUCAAAAUGAUGGGGAAACUCCUGGAAACAACUUGAUUACUUCUUCAUAUUAUGGUUAAAAGAGAAAAUCCCCCCCAAACAAGUCAAAACACCUACCAUAGCACUGUAUAUGUCUGUCUCAUCAAAACAGUGACUCCAGCUAAAAUAAGACCAGGUGCAUUACAGUCACCCCGGCCAGGGCAGUUCUUCAUAGACACCUUCCUGAGUUCUGGGCUCUGCUGGGUGCCCCAUUCAAGGAGUCCUUGGUUACAGAAAUGUGAAAGAAUUUAUUUUCUAAACAGUCCACCACAUAGGAGCCAUCUUUUGAUGUUUUGAAACAAAUCAAACCUCUAGCGGCUAGAUUCUAGCUAGUAGCGUCUUUUAUGUUGUAACUAUGGACUUCUGCAGCAUUUCACUGUGAUAGUAUAUACUAGCCUCAGUCCCUAUGGACAGAAACAGAAGAGGAAGAGGAAGACCUUGUGAGCAAAGUGUGGAAUCGAAGCAGCUAAGGAGAAAUGAAGGCAUUUCUUGCUAUUUUAUAAAUAUCUUUGAUUGAAGGGUCCAUGAAUGAAGCCAGAGUACCUCCUCAGCCCCUUUUUAUUCUCAUUUACUCAGUAGAACACUCUGGGGUCCUUCCUUACCCUCUCUGUUUCCAUUUUAACUUAUCUCUCUUUAUUCUAACUAAACAAUUUUAUUUUAAAAAGAUAUGACAGUAUGAAGGGGAAGAGGGUCUGGUCUUUCAUUUAAACAGUAAGACUGACCCACUGAUAGUGGGUCCCAUAAUUCUUUUCCUCUUUUUAACCCCUAUCUUUUUUUCCCUUCUUAAUUAUAAACUAUGAAAAUGUGACCAUCCUUAUUUUACAAAUAAAUUCCUAAGAUAUUGUUUGUUUGUUUUUCAUUUAAAAUAACAACAUAAAAGUUUCGUGUUCUCUAAACCCUUUUAUGCUUAUGAUUCCUAAAAUAAAGUCCAGGGCUGAAGGCAAAGUUCAGGGCCCCAGCUCUUACGUCCUGUUCUAAAGCCCUGGGACUGAUCACCAGUACUGAAAAAGAAAGUCGAUAUUGAUUGUGUGGUUCUGCAAACUUUGCUUUUUUCAUUGUUUUUAUUUAACAUAAGUUUUCAAGAUUAAGCAAUAUCAGAAAAGAUGAGCACUGUAUUCUUAGACUUUGCCAGACACGUGCAAAUCCAUUUGUUUCACCUAUGCAAAAAGAAGUUACCUGACUCUGGUCUAAGAAUGUGGCUUCCUUUUUUUUUUUUUUUCUUAGUCUGUAUGACCCAAAUUCCAAUAUGUCCAUGUUACUGUUACGUUUGAGUCUCAGAAAUUACUCUUCACAACAGUGUUUUGUUGCACGAUUCAGUGGCACCUACAGGCAUACACCCUGCUGUAUAAAGGUGGAUAUCUCACUGUACAAAAUGUCUAUGUGGUGCAGCAGGUUCUAGGAUAAAUCUGUAGUUUUAUAGAUCACGUCUGUGAGCCAGGACACACACUUUGAGAGCUCAGUGUGUGUGCAUGUGUGUGUGUGUGCAUGUGCGUGUGCAUGUUCAGAUAUUUCCUCAAAGUUACCAAUUCAGUACUUUUGUUUAAAAUAGUUUCUUUUGGAGGUGGGGUGGGGAUGUAUAUAAUUGGGGGAAAACAUAUACUUAAAAGUCCUUCCUCGGUUCCUGUACUGAAGGUUCAAUUUUUUUUAUGAGUUCACUUUUCACCUCUGUUCUUUUCUUCAUGGGGAAAUGCAAUGCAUCUUGGGAAACAUAGUUUAAAUACUGUAUAUAAGGUAAUAAAAAUUAGUAAUGCCCAUUAUUUAAUAAAGUUUGUAAAAUGCAAAGUAAA